AUGGGAAUUGUCUGGGAGCAGAGCUACGAGGAGGCGGACGCCGUGGCGGGUUCCCUCACCAGCGUGUUCGGCGCGUUCGUACCGGCCAAGUGCCGCAACGUGGCACUCCAGCUCAUAUGUCUCAGCGCGUUCCCCGUGUGCCAGAUUGGCACCACCCUCUCGCUGACGCCGCCGUGUCGCUCGGUGUGCGAAAACAUGUGGCUUGAGUGUCUACCCCUGGUCCAGUCUCUCAAUGCCACCAGCCUGAUGCCGGACUGCGACACGGUGACGCUGGUGGACGGCGUGGCCUACCCGGCGUUCCCGCCCGACGGCAUCGGCAUCCCCUGCUUCCCCUACUCGGCCGACGUGGCGGUGCCCUACUCGCAGGCCGACUGCCCCUACCCGCUGAGCUACACCGGCGAGUCCGAGCGGCCCGAGGAGUCGUGCCAGCUCGGGUGCCCGGCCUACAUCUACGGCGGCGAGGACGAGUACUGGGGCAGCGUGGCGGCCAUUUACAUGACCACGGUGCCGUCCAUGGUGCUCAGCUUCCUCAUGAUCAUCACGUGGCUUCUCAAUCCCUCCAAGAGGCGGUACCCGGCGGUAUUGAUCCUGUGGCUGGCGGUGUCGGCCUUCGCGGUGGCCUUCUUCAUCAACAUCAGCGUGCUGGUGGGCGGGCCGGUCCGCACGACGUGCACCUGGGACGACGCCCAGGUCGCGAUCAACAUGGACAACGCGAGCGAGAACAACGGGCAGGGCGUAGUGUGCAUCAUGCAGGCCAUCGGCACCUACUACUUCGGUCUCACCUGCAACACCUGGUGGCUCGCCAUAACGAUCAACAUAUUUCUGAUGCUCUGCUUUCACAAGCACGAGUGGGUGCGUCGCUGGAGCCGCUACAUCCACUACGGGUUCCACGUGUUCUGCUGGGGCGUGCCGUUGGCCGGCCUCAUCACCAUGCUCUCCAUGAAGAAGCUCGGCGCGAGCGGCAUUACGCCCUUCUGCCAGAUCCUCUACGACCGGGACGAGAGCUGGAUCGACUGGGUCUUCUACACCGCGCCGAUUCUCUUCUGCAUAUUCGUUGGCACCAUCCUCAUGGUCGUCAGCAUCGUCCGCUUCGCCGUAGUGCAACUCAAAUAUGAACGAUCCCGUGCUUCGGAGUUGAUUCACCUGUUUCGGUUGGUCUUGCUCGUCGCCUUUGUGUGGCUUAACAACGUGUUCUACUUGGCCUACCGCGUGCAUACGGAAGCGGACUUCGACGCUAUCUUCGACAGCUUCAACGCGCAGGUUUCCCCUCUCGACUCUCCUCUGAGCUGUAGCGAAAAUGCAGAUACGAGGGUCAGUCUCCUGACCGGCACGGACUGUCCGUACGACGUGGUGCUCAACUACCCGUUCUACAUCGUGUCGCUCAUCGCGAGCAUGUCCACGGGCGCCUGCGUCUUCCUCACCAUGUGCACCACCAAGAGCUCGGUGGUGUUGUGGAUCCGAUUGCUGAGCGGCUUGCGACAUCCGCGAUCCUUCGUGUCGCACGUCCGGCUCGUGAUCGGCUCGCACGCCUGGUCGUACACCUCCGAGAGCUCAUCGGCCAACAAAAACAUGAGCUCCUCCGACAACCCGAACACCGAGGGCACCGACCUGAGCCUCACCCCGCCCACGUCUUACUCCCACCACGAUGCCCUCUGA